AUGUCCAACCCCCCUCGCGCGCCCGGGCCCCCUAGGCGACGAUCAUCUUUUGCGUAUGAUCCUGCUCGCGACACGUUUAAAGAAUUGCCAGACACUAUAGACACCAUAGCUGAACAGGCCAUUGCCGAAGAUGCUGAGGAAGAUGCAAAGACUACCGCCCCGCCUACGUCAAGUCCUACGGCAGAAGACGCUGCGGACCCGUCGCGAAAGCGCAGGCGAUCAGAGUCGCUUGACGGAGAUGUAAAGCUCACGUCCAAGAUAAAAAGACAGGACAAUGAGGACACGCCUCCGACGAAGAAAGCACGCGCUUCCAUUUCACCGUCAAGACGAGACAACUCUUCCCCCAAGCCUCCAAUGAAUGGGACUCUUCCUGCGAAACCUAAGCCCCAGACACCCGCAGACCUUCCCCGUAUCCCACGCAAAGCAAGAGAAGAAGGCGAAAUCUCCACAUCUCGCCCGGUACCCAGCGCAUAUAGUCGACGACCGGAUACCGAUGACCGACGAGGAAGAGGUCGGAGGGACGAGCUGUCCAACCGACGAUCGCGAUCCCCUCCUCGAAGACGUUCUCCUUUAGACGCCUACCGUCGCCGGUCUCCUCCUCGAGAGCACCGCAGAUCCCCCUCUCCCAUCCGAGACUCUCCACCACGAGAUAUCAUCCGUCCCGGCGGCGCUCGGGGUCGUGGCCGCAACGUGCUGGCCGAACAACAGCGCCUUGCUGCGGAACGCGAGCAGAAACAGGCCGGGCUAGUCGCUCAAGUCAACCGUGGCGUUCAAGAAGUCUCAAAUCAAUUCUACAACGCGAGGCCGGAGUGGGUGAAGGAGAGGGGACGAGACUGGCGAAGAAAUGAGUCUCAAAUCAAAGGAUUACGCAGUUUCAAUAAUUGGAUCAAGUCAUGCCUCAUCCACAAAUUCAGUCCGGAAGAGAAGGUUGAGGAGGAAGAGUUGGGAUGGGGCGAAGAAGCGAAAGAACCAGCGGCACAGAAGCCGCUAUGUGUCCUCGACAUCGGAUGCGGUAAAGGUGGUGACUUGGGAAAAUGGCAGCUGGCUCCGCAAACAAUUGGAUUGUAUGUCGGUCUUGAUCCCGCGGAGACGAGUAUCCAACAAGCUCGUGAACGAUACCAACAGAUGCGGCGAGGUCGUCGUCCAAUUUUUGACGCGCGCUUCGUCCCGCAAGACUGUUUCGGUGCUUGGAUUGGUGAUGUCGGCAUCAUUCGUGAGGUCGGCAUCGACCCCAACGCGGGCAAUGGCCAAAUCAGUCGCUGGGGCGGUGGUGGAUUUGACGUUGUGACUUGUAUGUUCGCCAUGCACUACUCGUUCGAGUCCGAGGAGAAAGUACGAAUGAUGCUCCGCAACGUGGCAGGGAGUCUGAAGAAAGGAGGACGCUUUAUUGGAGUGGUCCCCAACAGCGAUGUUUGCGCGGAGAAGAUUCGACAGUGGUUCAAGGACAAAGAGGCGAAGAGGGCUGCGGAGAACGGUUCGCGUGGCGCUGAGAGUGAGAAAGAAGAGGGUGAGGCCGACGAGGAAGGCCCUCAAUGGGGCAAUUCCAUCUACAACGUCCGCUUCCCAAUGGACCCGCUGCGUCCCUUGCAACCAGAUGGAUCCUUUCGUCCACCCUUCAGCUGGAAAUAUACCUAUUGGAUGGCCGAAGCCGUGGAUGUUCCUGAAUUCGUGGUACCCUGGGAAGCGUUUCGGGCGUUGGCGGAGAACUACAACCUGGAGCAACGUUACAGGAAGCCGUUCUUGGAUAUUUGGCAGCAAGAGCAAGGCAAUCACGAGAUGAUGAGUCUGGCGGCGAGGAUGGGAGUGACCCGGCAUGAAGGGGGGGAGAUGGUUUUGAGUGAGGAUGAGAAAGAUGCCGUGGCGUUCUACCAUGCUUUUUGCUUUGUGAAAGUGUAA